UGUGGACUGGAGUAUGUACCAUUCCCUGGGGUAUGGUACUAUCAUGUACCUACAAGCAGUCAUGACAUUUGAUAUGAAUGAUAUAGAGGUAGCCAUCCAGACAAUCAAGUCAUCUCUAGUAGUGUGUAAUAAGUACAGACGGAAAGUCUCCGUGUUGGAGGCCAUCACUCGCAGCUCUAGUCGCAACAACUACAAUGAUCUUUCAGAAAUUGAGAUCCAUGCAGAACUUUGCUAUGCAGAAUGUCUGAUGAUCAGGGCCCUGCUCACGUUCAUACAGGAUGAAAAUCUCAUCAGUUUUGUAAAAGGAGGACUCAAAAUUAGGGAAUGUUACAAAGUCUACAAAGAAUGCAAUCGAAUGCUGAAGCACCGAACCUUUAAAGAGGAAAAGAUCCACUUUGAGAGCGGAGUAAGGAUGGGUGUUGGUGGGUUUAAUUUGAUGAUAUCAUUGCUUCCUGGUAAAAUACUAAAACUACUGGAGUUUGUAGGAUUCUCUGGCAAUAAAAAAGUUGGACUGAGUGAACUACAGAAGGGUACGGAAGUGUUGUCAAGUCUUCGUGGACCACUAUGUUCUAUAGUGUUGAUAGCCUACCACACUGUAGUCUGUUUUGUAUUAGGUUUAGCUGACGGGGAUGUUGGCCUGGCUGAUGAGCUUCUACAGAAUUGUUUAAAACGGUUUCCUAAGGGUGCUUUGUUUUUAUUUUUUGCGGGAAGAAUAGCAGAAGUGAGAGGAAAUAUAGAUAAGGCGUUAUGUAAGUUUGAAGAGUCUAUAGAAUGCCAGCAGGAGUGGAGACAGUUUCAUCACCUUUGUUUCUGGGAACUCAUGUGGUGUUAUUGUUUCAAAUCUGAUUGGCUGAUGGCGAUGAAGUAUGCAGAGAAGCUGUGUAAGGAGAGUCGUUGGAGUAAGGCUACCUAUACCUACCUGAAGGCUUGCUUCUUACUUAUGUGUGAAGAUCGGUCGCAGGACACACAGGAUCAUCUUAUCUAUCUAUUUGGAGAGGUACCAAAGUUGAAACAAAGGAUAGCAGGAAAAUCUAUCCCAUUAGAAAAGUUUGCUGUUCACAAAGCGAAACGGUUCCAGGACGAAGGAAACCAACUGCUAUUGCCAGCCCUGGAAAUGGUGUAUUUACUGAGCGGUUUCAACAUCCUCAGUAAAAAUGACCCUCUACUGGAACCUUUCCUGUUGAUCACGGAGAAGACUAUUAAUGAUGUGGUGAAGAACAAAGAUUCCCAUCCCUGUUUCAUGGACGACUACUGCCUCGCCCUCCUGUUGAAGGGAGUCUGCCUCAAACAUAGGUCACAGUAUUUCCAGGCUCGACAAUGUUUCACAGAAAUUGUGGAAAAUGAGAAGAACAUUAAGAAAGACACCUUCCUUGUCCCCUAUGCAGUGGUUGAGUUGGCAAUCCUGAAUCUGGCAGAGGAGAACUGGAAGGAGGUCAAGAUACUUCUGGAGAAAGCUAAGAACAAGUACAAGGGCUACCUGUUGGAAUCUCGAUUACACUUUCGUGUUCAUGCCGUCCGUCUGUCCAUGUCCAGUCAGACCAAUAGCAACAAUAGCAAUGAGGGAGAUGAUGUAGACGAUAUUGAAUCGCCGUUGGGCUCACCACACCCUGGUAAAUCAGAUCAGGGAGGCAGUCGGAACAGCUGGACUUCAGGACAAGACAGUCUGGAUGGUGGACUGGCAGAGACCAAUCAUACGACACACUUUUGA